AUGCGCGCAUCAUCGCCCCCUACAUCACCAACAUCCCUCUCCCGCCGCGAGACCCUCACCCUCCUCAUCCUCUCCGGCGCCUCGCUCUCCAUCCUCCUCAACACCUUCCAAGGCGAUGGCGAGCCCCUCAUCGCGUCGCUCGCCCUCUCCAUCCUCGCCUUCAGUCUCUGCUACGCCAUGAUCCGCUGGCUUGGCCCGACUUUUAUGCGCGCAGGAUUCCGCGGCCGCGAUCUCUGCAAGACCACGCACGUCGAAAUCCCCGAAUGCAUGGGCGCCGUCUGCGCCGCCGUCUACCUCCUCACCGUCAUCGUCUUCAUCCCCUUCCCCUUCUACAAGGAUAUUGUGGCCGCGACCUCUGGCGGCGGCAAUCGCGACGUUGUGCUCGAGCAGGAACACUUCGACGAGGGUCGUUUCCUGCACCGGUUCCCUCACAAUAAACUUGCCUCCUACCUCGGCGCCAUUAUAUCCCUCCAGACCAUCGCCAUGCUUGGAAUCGGCGACGACCUCUUCGACAUUCGAUGGCGACACAAGUGGUGGAUUCCAGGACUAGCAAGCAUCCCCCUGCUGGUGGUGUACUUUGUCGACUUCAACGUCACGUCCAUCGUCAUCCCCGUUCAGCUUCAGCCCUAUCUCGGCGAGCUCUUCGACCUCGGCCCCCUAUACUACGUCUACAUGGCCUGCAUAGCCAUGUUCUGCCCCCAAAGCAUCAACAUGCUCGCCGGCAUAAACGGCAUCGAAGUAUCCCAAUGCCUCGUCAUCGCCGUCCUCAUCGCCUUCAACGACUGUCUGUACCUGUUCACGCCGUACCCCCAUCCCGCCACCGACUCGCACCUCUUCUCGCUAUACUUCCUCCUGCCCUGGAUAGGCGUGUCCGCCGCCCUCCUCUACCACAACUGGUACCCUGCCAAAGUCUUCGUCGGCGACACGUACUGCUACUUUUCAGGAAUGGUCUUCGCCGUCGUCGGUAUACAGGGCCACUUCUCCAAAACCCUAGGUCUCCUCCUGGUACCCCAGUUCUUCAACUUUGCCUACUCGGUGCCCCAAGUUUUUGGAUUGAUUCCCUGUCCGCGCCACCGUCUCCCCAAAUUCAACGCCCGAACCGGCCUCGUCGAACCAUCCGUCACACCAUGGAGCCCCGACCGCCAACCGCACCCGCUCGUAGCCCAGGGCCUACACAUCCUAGGCAAGCUGCGACUGCUGAAAGUAACGACCGACGAAAAGGGCAACUUUGUCGAGACCAGCAAUUUUACCCUGUUAAAUCUGUGGCUGGUGUGGAGAGGGCCCCUCAGAGAAGAUAGACUGGCCACUGAAAUUACGCUGUUGCAGCUCUUUGUCGGGCUGUUUGGCUUGUUUGUCAGACACAAGUUGGCUCUGUUGGUCUUUAAGGAAGAUAACUGGGGUACUACGGCCUAUUAG